CGAAAACUCGUCGAGCUCCAAUUUUCAUCAAUUUUCGCGAAGAUUUACCUGAAAAAAGUGUUGAAACUUUGUCAUUUCCCUCUUCAACAGCAUGGAUGUGCACGAAAUCAAGAAAUUAGAAUAUGAUAUUCACAAAUACACGAGUUACUCGACUACGUACCUGCCUGAGAACAUCCGCGAAGACCAAAGUACGAAUCAAACCUCGCGCUGGAGCAGUAACAGCAACAAUCCGCCGCAAUACCUGAUUCUGAAGCUGCAACGACCGUCAAUCGUGAAAAAAAUCAAGUUUGGCAAGUACGAGAAGGCGCACGUGUGUAAUUUGCGAAAAUUCAAGAUAUUUGGCGGGCUUGAGGAAUCGUGCGGUGUCCUGUUGUUGGAAGGCGGUUUGAAGAACGACCCGAUUCCGGAAGUUUUUGACUUGAGGUAUCGCACGUCGUCGGGAGAGCUGCUUCCGGUUCGCUAUAUAAAGAUUCUUCCGUUGCUGAGUUGGGGUCCUUGCUUCAAUUUUAGUAUUUGGUACGUCGAGUUACUCGGAAAUGACGAUGCAAUUUACGUCAGUACAUCGUUAAAAAGCUACAAUAUCGAACGAGAAGCGGAAAUUAUUCGACUUUGUCUCAAAUAUUUCCGCCAACAAGGCUACGAACGAGCUUUUGACGCGUUACAGGACCAAACAAAUGUGCAACUCGAACAUCCAACGAUCCAAGAACUUCACAACAACCUCGUGACGGAAGGAGAUUUCGCCAAAACUGAAGCCCAAAUCGAACGACUCAUCGACGAAGGGCUCAUGGAUGAAUAUUUGGCACGCCAACCGUACAGCGUGAGUUGGAAAAGUCUCAAUACCGAAAGUAACAAAUGGCCUGGCAAACGGGGAGGGCACCAACUCGUGCUAGAUCCGAAAAAUCAACUCAUGUACUUGUACGGCGGUUGGAAUGGCUCCGAAGAUUUGUCCGAUUUGUGGGUUUUUGACAUCAAAACGAACCAAUGGGAGUUGAUACACGAAAAUUCCGAACUAGUUGGAGGUCCUUCGCCUCGUGCAUGUCACAAAAUGGUCUUUGACACGCACAAUUCGCAGAUUUUCAUGAUUGGGAAGUACAUUGAGUCAAGUUCGCGUGUUCGGGACAAGUUGAAGAGCGAUUUUUAUUUGUACGACACGGAAACGAGGACUUGGCUGCUAAUUUGCGAUGACACAAAAAGCGUUGGGGGACCAGAUUUGGUGUAUGAUCAUCAAUUAGCGAUCGAUUCGGCGAAAAGGACAAUUUAUGUCUUUGGCGGAAGGAUCUUGACGGCAUCAAAUACGGAUGAAUUGAGCUCAGAUCAGUUCUAUUCGGGACUUUAUGCGUAUCACAUCUCGAAUAAUGUGUGGAAUUUGUUGUUGGUUGACUGUGCGCAUCCGAGAGCAGCAUUUCCGGAAGUCAAUUCGAUAAAAUCGCGCAUCACGCAUUCGAUGUUGUUCCAUGAUAAAAAUCGAAAAUUGUUCAUUUUUGGCGGGCAGAGAGGCAAGGAGUAUAUGGGGGACUUCAUAACGUACGACGUUGACACGCAAGAAGUGACGAAUCUCAUUUCAGAUAACUCGAAUGUUGAUGCGAAGAAUGGACCGCCAUCGGGAUUGACGCAACGAGCGACGAUCGAUACUGAUCGUAACGAGAUUUAUGUUUUAACGAGUCUCAGCAAAGGCAAAGAUCGUCGCGGCGACAUGGAUCUCAAUUCCCUGUGGAUGUUUUCCCUCAACACGCUCGAAUGGAGUUGCAUCUAUCGCAGUGACGAGAACAAGGAGCAAUCCCCAUCCUCGCCAUGCCCCCGUUACGCUCACACCCUCGUCUUUGAUCCCGCCAGCAAAAUCCAUUAUCUCUUCGGCGGCAAUCCGGGCAUCACGUGGAAGUCAAAUUUCCGCCUUGACGACUUUUGGUGCUUGUACAUGCGAAAACCGAGUCGCGAAAAUGCCUUGCAACGAUGUCGGUAUCUCAUUCGCACACAAGAAUACGAAGAAUUGGCGAAAAAAGACCCGCUACGAGGCUUAACGUACCUCCAAACGAAACUUCAUGCCGCCAUCGAUCGCGAAAAUCCGGAUCAAGUAACGGCAUUUCACAAAUUGGCAACGUUGCUGUUCAAACUUGAUGACCCGGCGAAAGGAAAUGCGUCGCCAUGCUCGUCUUCGAUGAGUGGCAUUGAGUCUCCGGCAUCGAGUAGCAUGAUGUCGCCCAGUUGCUCGAACGAAAUGGACCUCUAUGCGUAUAAUAUCGAUCAAGUGACGCAAAUUACGAACCGACAAAUUGUCGAUUUGGAAGUGAAACGCGGGCGAUAUUCCAUCUACAACAAAAUAAUUGAAUUUUUACCUCAGAAAAUGUGUCAACCGAAGGCGAAUCUAACGGAUUUUAUACUAGUUUAGGGUUUUAAGGCACCGUAAAGGGCGCGAAAAAUAUUAUUAUUGAAUAAAAUGGAACUAAAAAGUGACAAUUUUGUGAUACGAGACUGAUCGUUUGUACCAGAGAUUUUUAAAAAAUUACUGAAUGAAGCAUUAAAUGUCUUCGCACCGCUAAAUAAAUAACAAAUUUUUUGACUAUUUGCCUAUUAAUACUACAAACUACUAAAAAUGCAUCAAAAAAUACAAA